AUGGCCGAUGCUGUUGCACAAGCGGCACCGGCUGCUGAUGCUCAAAAUGCAAACGCACAAGCUCCUCAAGGACAGAGCUAUUUCGGGGUCGUGAAAGGCUUACUCAUGAGAGCUGUUUUUAUCUACAUGAUCACAAGUUUCUUUCGGCGGCCUCAAGCACCCGUUACCGGAGAUGGAAAAGCAGCUCCCGGUAUUGUACACGCACCCUCUUCUAAUCUUUUCCCAAACGGCACCACUUUCGAUCUCUAUCUGUACAUUUGCGAAGACAAACUUUUGCCCAACUUUAACGAUCCUAAGCAGUUGGUUUGGUUUAAAGAUGAUUUGGUUUACGGAGAUUGGAAAAGUGGACCUGAUGGAGACGGCAUUUUCACCACUGAAACAACAUUUCAACUAUCCGAGCGUGUUCAAAACAAUGGCUCCCUGUGGCUUCACGUGUACGUCGUACGGACACGGGACAGUCCUGAUCCUGCUUCAAAAGAACACAACCCAAUCUAUACGAUUCAUCGAGUAAAGCAGUUAAAUAAGUACAAAAAACGAAGCUACAAAAAGACACAUAACCUACUUACCGGAGAGACGACAGCCACUGAAGUGGAGAAGGAGAAGAUUCAGCAAAACAUCAAACAGGAAGUUCUCUCGCAUUGGCAUCCAAAUUUGACCAUCAACAUUGUCGAUGACCACACGGCUUGGUCAAAGGGUCAGGUGCCAUCUCCACUGCAGGACUUUAUCGAGUUUGAGCCGACCACUGGCCAAUAUUAUCCGAUUGUGUACCUAAACGACUACUGGAACUUGAUGCGGGAUUAUAUGCCGAUUAACGACACCGUCAAGGAAAUCACACUUCGAUUUACCUACCAGCCACUGUCAAUGUUCAAAUGGCAGCUGUACACCGCUCAAGCGAUGCGCAAUAAGUGGUCAUCAUUUAUGGGCAGUGACUUACUAAACCAGGAAGUAGAUGAUGAUGAGCAGGACGUCAUCAAGGAAACGUUCCUGGAGACCAAUCCCAUUCUUCUUGGUCUUACUGUGAUUGUGUCGAUCACGCAUUCUAUUUUUGAAUUUUUGGCUUUUAAGAAUGAUAUUCAAUUCUGGAAAGAGCGCCGCUCGCUUGAAGGUCUUUCUGUUCGGUCGGUCUUUUUCAACGUUUUCCAGUCUUUUAUCGUUCUUUUAUAUGUUUGGGACAAUGACACCAACAUAAUGAUUCGUAUCAGUGUCUUUAUUGGCUUGCUGAUUGAACUGUGGAAGAUUAAAAAGGUGAUCAACAUUGAACUGGUGCGCGAUCAAAAGCUCUUUGGCAUUUUGCCCAUGAUUCGGUUCAGCGACAAAGGGUCGUACGUAGAGUCCUCCACUCGGCAAUAUGACCAGCUUGCAUUCAAGUACCUUUCUUGGCUCCUAUUCCCACUGUUUCUUGGCUAUGGCGUCUACUCACUAAUGUACAAUGAACACAAAAGUUGGUACUCGUUUUUCCUCAACAUGAUCUACGGUUUCCUGCUUACAUUUGGUUUUAUUAUGAUGACACCACAACUCUUCAUCAACUACAAACUAAAGUCAGUGGCGCACCUACCUUGGCGAAUGCUGACCUACAAGUUUCUCAACACUUUCAUCGAUGACAUCUUUGCGUUUGUCAUCAAAAUGCCCACCAUGUAUCGAAUCGGAUGCUUCCGAGAUGAUAUCAUUUUCCUCAUCUUCCUGUAUCAGCGAUGGAUCUACCGCGUCGAUCAUUCCCGCGUCAACGAGUUUGGCAUCAGUGGGGAUGAUAUUGCCGAGGCUGAACGCGCCAAGAAGGAAGGCACUGCUCCGGUGGCUGACGCCGAGCAAAGACAGGCACUGCAAAACGGCGAAGAGAGCACAUCUGACUCGAGCGCAGCUGCCGCCGCACCAGUUGAAGAAUCAAAGAAGACAAAGUAA